AUUUCCUGAUUGUAAUUUGCUUUUCGUAUCUCAUUCGUACUGUCGAAGGAAUUAGAGAAGGUAAGAUUUUGAAAGAGAUCGAAAAAAGGAUCCAGAUCUAAAGCUAGAAUGGCCUUUCUCGGCACACAGCAGAAGUGUAAGGCUUGUGAUAAGACUGUUUACGUGGUCGAUCAGUUAUCUGCUGAUGGAGUUUCUUACCACAAGUCCUGCUUCAAGUGCAAUCACUGCAAAGGGACUCUGAAGCUUAGCAGUUAUUCGUCAAUGGAAGGUGUUCUGUACUGCAAGCCACAUUUUGAGCAGCUCUUCAAGGAGACUGGCAAUUUCACCAAGAAUUUUCAAUCUCCUGCAGCUGCAAGGUCGGCUGAGAAGUUAACACCAGAACUGACAAGGUCACCUAGUAAAGCUGCGAGCAUGUUUUCUGGAACACAAGAAAAAUGUGCAACUUGUGGUAAAACAGCUUACCCACUAGAGAAGGUAACUGUGGAAGGACAGGCAUACCAUAAAUCCUGUUUCAAGUGCUCUCAUGGGGGCUGCUCCAUUUCUCCAUCAAACUAUGCAGCUCUAGAAGGCAUCCUUUACUGUAAACACCAUUUCUCCCAGCUCUUCAAGGAGAAGGGAAGCUACAACCAUCUCAUCAAAUGUGCAUCAAUGAAGCGCCCAACAACCCCUGUUCCAGAUGCUUCAUCAUGAAAUCCUAAUUUAUCUAGCUGAAGAAAGUGGUUUAUCAUUUAAUUCAAGGGUUUAAUCCUUGUCUUUGGUUUCAACAUUACUCUAUAGUGUGUGCUUUCCCUGAUUUCCCCUUUUUGAAUUUCUGUUGGGGGAAAUCUACUGAUUUGUCUGCUUUGUUGUGCCUCACAUGUUUGAGUGGUUUGUGUCUUUUGUUUAUGAGAUGUGAGAUUACUUUCUUGU